UGAGAAGGAGGAGCCGCCCGCAGCCACCCUGACAGUGGAGGGAGUGUGUGCAGUUGUAGGGACGAGCCGAUGUCACACGGCUGUGGGGCGCUUGGCAUUUACACAAGAUGGUGUUUGAGUCUGUGGUGGUUGAUGUGCUCAACCGUGUCUUGGGGGACUAUGUGGUUAAUCUGGACAGCUCGCAGCUCAAGUUGGGGAUAUGGGGAGGUGCUGUUGCUUUGAAAAACUUGGAAAUUAAAGAAAAUGCAUUGAGCCAGCUGGAUGUGCCAUUUAAAGUAAAGGCAGGUCAUAUCGGAAAGCUUGAUCUAAAAAUCCCCUGGAAGAAUCUGUAUACUCAGCCAGUGGAAGCUGUUUUGGAUGGAGUUUAUUUACUUAUAGUGCCAAUUGCCAGUAUAAAGUAUGAUGCUGAGAAAGAAGAUAAACAGUUUAUGGAAGCAAGGCAAAGGGAACUGCAACGGAUUGAAGAAGCGAAACAAAAGGUUGCUGAUCAAGAAAAGCCAAAGGAAGAAAAACAGGACACUUUUGUAGAAAAACUAGUCACUCAGGUUAUCAAGAAUCUCCAGGUGAAGAUUUCCAAUAUUCACAUUCGAUAUGAAGAUGAUAUCACAAACUCUGAGUGUCCUCUGUCAUUUGGAGUCUCAUUGCAGAACCUCAGUUUACAGACAUGCGAUAAAAAUUGGAAUCCGUGCCUACAUGAUGAAUCUUCUAAGUUGUUUUACAAGGUUGUUCGACUAGAUAACCUAUUUGCCUAUUGGAACGUUAAAUCAGAAAUGUAUUAUUAUCGCAGUUACAAUGAGGCUUUGGAUGUUCUGAAAUAUGGAGUAGCAGCACAUAACACAAUUCCAGAAGGUUAUGAUUUUGUUUUCAGGCCAAUUUCAGGAAGAGCAAAACUCAGAAUGAACCCUCGCUCGGAUUUUGAUUUUUCUUCACCAAAGAUUGAUUUGGACGUAAACCUUCAGGACAUUGCAAUAGAAUUCAAUAAACCACAGUAUCAUAGUGUCAUGGAACUUCUGGAGUCCAUUGAUAUGAUGUCACGAAAUUUACCGUACCGAAAGUUCCGACCAGAUGUGCCUGUUCAUAACCAUGCAAAAAAUUGGUGGAAAUAUGCCAUCACUGCUAUUCUUGAAGUAAAUGUGAAACCAAGGCUCCAUAUGUGGUCAUGGAAACGCAUUCGGAGACACAGACAGGAAGUUAAGAAUUACAAAGAAUUGUAUAAAACGAAAAUAACUUCAAAGAAACCUUUGGAAAACAUUGUUUGUAGUUCAGAGGAGCAUGAAAAGUGUCUGGAUAUUUUUAACAUUACUCUAGCAAGACAACAAGCAGAAAUGGAGGCACGCAAAGCUGGUCUUAAAAUAUACAGGCCUGGAGUAAAGGAUGAGGACAACAACUCCGGUGGGUGGUUUGGCUGGAUGUGGGGCUGGUCUGGUGAAAAUACUGAAAAAAAGGAAACUGCAAAAUCUGGAACAGGUUUUGAAGAAUUGUUAAGUUCUGAGGAGAAAACAAAGCUGUAUGCAGCCAUUGGAUACAGUGACUCAGCUGUUGACCCAACAUUACCGAAGUCUUAUGAAGCUAUUAUUCUCUGUGUAAAGCUGCUGAGUAUGUCAAUUCAUUUACGAGAAGACAAGAGUAAACCAGAGUUGAUCAAUUUGGCAAUUACAGAUUUGAGUACAGUAUUAAAACAACGCCCAGGAGCACAAGCACUUAGGUUUGAAGCCCAGAUUGGUACAUUUGAGGUAACCGGUGCACCACAAGGGAAGGAUAUUCCCUGUUUGCUUUCUUCCCGAAAUGUUGUAACGGAAAAUAAUGUCUCCCUGCUUAGCCUUAUGUUUGAAACCAAUCCGCUAGAUGAGCUUGUAGACCAGAGACUACUUGUUGAGUCACAGCCUCUGGAAAUAAUAUACGAUGCAAAAACCAUUAACAGUUUAGCAGACUUUUUCCGGCCUCCCCAAGACGUUCAUCUUGAACAACUGACUUCAGCUACUUUGUCCAAACUUGAAGAAUUUCGUGAUAAAACCUCAACAGGCUUAUUAUACAUCAUUGAGACCCAGAAAAUUCUUGACUUAAAAAUUAACUUAAUGGCCUCAUACAUCCUUGUUCCUCAAAAUGGUUUUUAUGAGUCAUCUUCAAACUUGCUUAUCCUCGAUCUUGGUAGUUUUAAGAUGGCCAGCAAAAACCGUUCACAUCUCCCUCAGCUUAAGAUAGGACACAGUAGCAUUGAAGACAUCAUGUCAAGGGCAUAUGACAGCUUUGAUGUGCAACUAAGCAGCAUGCAACUACUUUACAGUGAACAUUGUGAGAACUGGAAAGAGGCCCGUAAACUAAAACAUUCAUCCCAGCACAUUUUGGAGCCAAUGGAUCUGAGGGUGGACUUCAGCAGAGCUUUGGUGGUAACUGAUGCCAGAAUGCCCAAAUUUAAACUGUUUGGAGAACUUCCUUUACUUUGUGUCCGGAUCUCUGAUAAGAAGCUUAAAGGCGUGUUAGAGUUAAUUGAUAGCAUUCCCAAACCGGAAAGUCCGCCUGAACCUCCUGCUUCAUCCAAAAAUCUUCUGAUGCAAAAGUCUCCUCCUUUGAACACUCCUCCACUAGCACCGAGCAGACCUGCUUUUGUGGAACUACAGUCUCUAAUUGAAUCUGAUGUAGACGAAGAGGAGUUUUAUGAUGCUCCAACAAGUCCUGUUGAGGAUAUGCCAUUUUUUGAUGUUUCAAGUGGUUCUCUAAGCAGGGCUGGUAGUAUGAAAAGACUAAGGCUAAAGAAACAAGAAACUUUAAGAAAUAUGACUGAAUUUCAAAUGAGAUUUGAAGUAACAGAGACGAUACUACAGAUAUGCAAUCUUUCUGAGGAUACAGAAAAAAUUGUUCUGCAGCUGGAGAUUUUGGGUUUAGGCACUGAACUUAAUGUUAGAACAUUUGAUAUGGCUGCAAAUGCAUUUUUGAGAGAGAUCUCUCUAAAAUGCCCUCAGUACACAGAUGAUGAAGAAAAACCAGUUUACAUUAUUACAACAUUGGAUAACACCACAGAUGACCUUUUGACCCUUGAGUACACCAAGGCAGAUGUAAAUGGACCAGAAUUCAAGACAACAUAUAAGAAUGUAGAACAACUGAUAAAGGUGAAUUUCUCUUCUUUGGAUGUACAUUUGCACACUGAAGCUCUUCUGAAUACAAUGAGCUUUCUGACCAGCCUUGUACCACAGUCUGAAAAUAAGGAACCUGAGCAGCAUCAAGUGCCAGAGACAGAGGAAGAAAAGAAAGAAGCUCAAAGGAAGAAAAUAACACUAAAAAGAUCAAAGUAUGAUGAUGUUAUAAAUCUCCAUAUUUGUGCCGAUUUGUCCUGUCUUCGGGUUUUUAUUCGCCAGCAAAAAUGUAGAAUUUCAGAAAUCAGCAUACAAGGUCUUGAUUCUCAGGUGAUAAUGAGGAAGCAAUCUAUGGAGGUAUUGGCAAAAUUGAAAAACAUUGUUGUACUAGAUUCAAGCAAGAAUGCUCUGUAUAAAAAGGCUGUCUACAUCACUGGAAAAGAAGUUUUCAGUUUUAAAAUGAUAUCAUAUGUUAAUGCUACAGAAGGUGUUGCCUACACAGAUAUGAACAUAGUUGACAGCCACAUCACAUUAACUGUUGGGUGCAUUCAAGUCAUAUUUGUUAACAAAUUUGUAUCAGCCAUUUUGGCAUUUGUUGAUAACUUUCAAACCGCCAAAGAGGCCCUAACAGAAGCCACAGUACAUGCAGCCGAAAAGGCAGCAACAGGUGUGAAAGAGCUUGCUGAGCGCAGUUUUAGACUAGCAUUGGAUAUUAAUAUUAAAGCACCUGUUGUCAUUGUACCACAGUCAUCUACUUCUACAAAUGUCUUGGUUGCUGACCUUGGUUUCAUUACUGUUAAUAAUACGUUCUCCAUCGUACCUUUAAAAAGUCGCUGCAGUCUUCCUCCUGUGAUUGACUCCAUGACCGUGAAAUUAAGCGAAUUAAAGUUAUACAGGACUGUACUUGAGAAAGGUGUAUUGCAAGCAGAAGUGCAGCUGUUGCAGCCACUGAAUAUGGAUCUUACAAUUGAACGCAAUUUGGCAGCCGCCUGGUACAGUGAUAUUCCUGAUAUUAAAAUCCUUGGACAUCUAAAACCAAUGAAUGUUAUACUUGGACAGGAAGACUUAACUACUAUUUUAAGGACACUAAAUGAAAACUUAGGUGAAACCGCUGAAAUAUCUCCUGAAUCAGAAAAGAUGGACAAAGGUGGCACAAACAGUGAGGAAAACAGUAGCUACCAAGUCUCUGCAGGGACGACAGUGGUGAUAGCGGCUGUUGUUGAAACUCAUACACCUGCUAAAGUGAAAACAACAAUGAAGUUGGAUUUUCAGUUUGAUUCCCUUACAUUAAAUUUGCAAAGCUCCAGUUCAAUUUCUUCUCAGACAAAUGCCAUUGAAAGAGACAGCAACCUGAAGCUUGCAGAAUUCAAAUUAGGAUUAAUUUCAACAUCUGUUAAAAUGUCGUCUGACGGCACCAUGAAUGCUGCAGUUAAACUAACAAAUUGUACAUUGGAUGAUAAGAGACAAGCGGUUCAGAAAGCUACUCCAAGAAUGUUAGAAAUGAAGCGUGGAAAUGACAAAAAUGUUAUGAUUGAUAUUGGUUACAAACAAGGAAGAGAAGGCACUGUGCUUGAUGUAAUUGUCCGAGACAUCUAUCUGUGUGCUAGCAUGGAGUUCCUCCUUACUGUGGCAGAUAUAUUUCUAAAGGCUAAUGAGCAAAGCUCCGCCGCUCAGAAAAGCAUUAAACAAACAUCAUCAUCAGCCACUAAGGAAACAGCUUCUACGCCGAUCUCUAAAACAGAAAUUAAUGUUGUUGUUAAAAAUCCAGAAAUUGUAUUUGUGGCCGACUUAACAAGAGCUGAUGCUCCAGCGCUUGUACUUACAACGCAGUGUGAGCUGUAUAUUAAAAACAGUCCUGAAAUGCAGAACAUGACUGCGGCUGUUAAAAAUUUACACAUGGAAGCCUGUCCUUUCCUACCAGAAAAAAGAGCAGGGAAAAUUACCACGAUACUACAACCAUGUGAUUUAUUUUUCCAAAGCAUUCAGUCUGGUGGAAGUCCACAAAUGAUUGAUCUGUCUGUGAAGUCACUGAUGUUAAAGGUUUCUCCUGCCAUUAUCAACACUGUAAUUACAAUCACUUCAGCUAUUUCCCCCUCCAAAGAAACUGAAACUGAACUCACUAGCCCCGUCCCUCCAGAUCUUUGGGAAAAAAGGGACUUGAGAGAUUUAAAACUGUGGUUUCUUGAAGAGGAAAAAGAAAGUGAGAAUAAGUCUGGAGACAAUACAAAGAUGGUCCUCUCCGGAGAGACCCUAAAGUUGAACAUUGAAUCAAUUAUUCUGACUCUUGAAGCUGGUGUUGGUCACAGAACAUUACCUAUGCUUUUAGCUAAAUCUUCUUUUUCUGGGGAUGUGAAGAACUGGAGUAGCCUUAUAAAUCUCCACUGCCAACUUGAUCUAGAGGUGCUUUGCUAUAAUGAAAUGUUUGGUGUGUGGGAACCGUUACUGGAACCGCUGGAGCUUGAAAGAAGUGAUGAUUUUAGGCCAUGGAGUCUUGGAAUUAAGAUGAAAAAGAAAUCCAGAAAGCAACUUUUCGAACCAGAUGGGGAGGAAGAAAAUUACAAAAUACCUGAUUACAUAACUGUGAUAAACAUCUUUUCAAAAGAUCAGCUGAAUAUCACUCUCUCCAAAUGUGGCAUUCUGAUGCUGAACAACUUGGGACAGGCAUUUGCUGAAGCAGCGAGCAAAACAUCAGAUGUCUUCAAAAUGGAUCGAGCUCCAUUUGUGGUGAAAAACUGUUUAGGAAUUAAAAUUUCUGUCUCCCACAGUGAUUCUUUCAUGGUUAUAAAUGCAGAUUCUCAAACCAAAGAAAUAGACUUAAACGAUAGUGAGUGCCUUAAUAUGGAUUAUGUCAGAUCCAAGAAUCAGACGGAGCAGUUUUCUGCAAUGACGAGCCUUAGCAGCAAGCAUUUUUACAUACAACUAACACCAUUGAAUCACUCACGUACAGAAAAGAUUCCUUUAACCAAAGUUGGUCGAAGUCUGUACAGUGUUCGACACUCGGAUUCUGGCGUUGAACGAUAUAUUGUGUGUCAGGUGGAUACCGUUGAUGGAGCAAAAUGCAUAUCUAUUCGCUCUCCAUUGCAAAUAAGAAAUCAUUUUUCUGUUGCGUUUAAUAUUUAUGAAGAUGGAAUUUGUUUAGGGAAAGCUGAACCAGAAGAUGAAUUUAAUAUUCCUCUAUCUUCUUACAGGUCAGCUUUGUGUUUGAAGCCCGUUCUCGAUGAAGACUUUGAAAUGUGUGAGGGCAUCAGCUUUGAAGAAAUCAUGAAAAGCAACGGUCAGCUAUUGCAGAAAAAGUGCCAGUCUUCUAAAUCUAAUAAAGCCUCUCUAAUUCUAAACAUUGUAUCAGUGAAAGAUGUUCUGAUAUCAUCAGUCUGCACCGAUGAUAGAUGGGACCUGCCCUAUGUUGUACAUUUAUGGCCUUCAGUGAUCCUUCGCAAUCUCUUGCCUUACCAGAUUACUUUUUCUUUAGAGGGUGCAGAUAAUGAACCUGUUGUCUUGGAGGAUGGUUGUUCAGCCCAAAUAAAUAAUGCAGUCAUAGAUCAUGCCAGACUGGAUUUACAAUUAAUAAAUUAUCUUGAACUGGACUGGACUGGCAAAUACAACAUACAAAGUAAACAACAAGAAAUUCACUUUAUUACGUUCUGUAGCAUCACAGACCUAGAGAAGACAGAGCUGGAUAUUGCUGUUCAUGUGACGUAUACAACUGGACAAACGAUAAUUGCAAUCCAUUCUCCGUACUGGAUGGUAAAUAAAACAGGCCGCAUGCUGCAAUACAAAGCCGACGAUGUCCACAGAAAACAUCCAGCUAACCACAAGAAGCCACUUCUCUUUUCUUUCAAGCCAAAGAACUUUUUUCAAAAUAACAAGGUUCAGCUGAUGAUCACCGACAGUGAGUUAUCUGACCCAUUUUCCAUGGACACUGUUGGCACUCAUGGUGCAGUCAAAUGCAAGAGUAAAAAGCUGGACUAUCAAGUUGGUGUCACCAUUUAUGCCAGCAGUUUUAAUCUCACCAGAAUUGUCACAUUUACGCCAUUUUUUAUGGUUACCAACAGAAGCAUGUACAAUGUGGAAGUAAUUGAGGAAGGCAUGGAAAAAUGGUCUACAGUGUGUUCUGAACAGUGCAUUCCCUUUUGGCCGGAAAAUACCAACAAUAAAUUGCUUAUUCAAGUAGAUGGCUGCAAGACUCCUCCCAAGAAAAUACAUUUUAAUAAACAAGAUAACAAUACUUUACUACAUCUGGAUGAUAAGCUUGGGGGUAUAAUCGUAGACGUCACUCUAAGAGAGCAUUCUACAGUCAUCACAUUCUCAGAUUACCACAAGGGUGCUGCUCCAUUUCUCCUAAUUAACAACACAAAGUCAGAGACUAUUGAAUUUUACCAGAGCUCUAUCCCUGUAGAUAUAGACAACCUUCCACCAGGGAAAGCUCUACAGUACACUUGGGUAGAACCAACAAGUCAACGAGAGUUAAGCUGGAGAUGCGGUGCAAACACUGGUACUGUUGGUCCCACGGAGGACAAGGUUGAAUAUCUAAGAAUGGAGGACAGUGUUAUCUAUUUUGUGUCAUUCCUGGAAGGUUUACAGCGAAUUGUACUAUUUACGGAAGAUGAAGAUGUAUUCCAAGUGACAUAUGAAAGUGAGAAAGCUGAACUAGCAGAACAAGAAAUAACAAUAUCUUUGUCAAAUGUUGGCAUUUCUUUAGUGAACAACUAUUCAAAACAGGAAGUAUCUUACAUUGGAAUUACAAGCUCAGAUGUAGUUUGGGAAACAAAGAAGAAGACACGAUGGAGACCACUCAGUGUAAAGCAGACAGAAAAAUUAGAAGAAUCCUUUAAGGAAUAUAGUGAGUCUGCACCAACAGACAAUAAAAUAGUUGAGCUGGAUUCCAAUUGCCAGGUUUGCCUAACACCCACUUUUGUUGGCAUGAGGUUUUUACAACCGACUUCAGAACCUGUAAGGAGAAGUUUUCUUCCUGCCUUAAAAAUAGAAUAUUCUGCCUCUGCACAUCAAACAUCCAUCAGGCUACAAGUUUACAGAAUACAAGUACAAAACCAGAUGCCUGGAGCUAUUUUUCCAUUUGUGUUUUAUCCCAUAAAGCCUCCAAAAUCAGUUACCUUGGACUCAGAACCAAAGCCCUUCACUGAUGUCAGUAUUGUUAUGAGGUCUGCUGGGCAUUCGGAAAUAACACGAUUUAAGUAUUUCAAAGUUUUGAUUCAAGAAAUGGAUCUGCGGAUAGACCUUGGGUUUUUGUAUGCUCUUGCUGACCUUUUUGCACAAAGUGGGGACUUACCUAAAGAUCAAGAGGUUGAGCUUUUCAAAAAAGAUGUGGAAUCUCUUCAAACGAAACUAAGCACAGUGUCAUCAACAGACACUUCUCAAAUCAGUCUAUAUGAGCAUUUUCAUAUUUCGCCAAUAAAGCUGCAUUUAAGCUUUUCUCUAAGUACUGGAGGAGAUGAUUGUAAUAAAGAACAGAGAGAAACAGAACUGAUUCCUGUUCAGUCUUUGAACCUUCUGCUAAAGAGUAUUGGUGCCACGCUGACGGAUGCCCAGGAUGUGGUCUUUAAGCUGGCCUUUUUUGAACUUGAUAAUCAGUUUUGUACGACUCAACAGUUGCAGAGAGAAGUCGUCAGACAUUAUUCAAAACAAGCUAUUAAGCAGAUGUAUGUGCUUCUUCUUGGCCUGGAUGUCUUGGGUAAUCCCUUUGGUUUUUUCCGGGAUUUGUCAGAAGGUGUUGAAGCAUUUUUCUAUGAACCGUACCAGGGCGCUAUUCAAGGUCCUGAAGAGUUUGUCGAAGGAAUGGCACUUGGUGUAAAGGCUCUUGUAGGAGGUGCAGUUGGUGGAUUAGCUGGUGCAGCGUCCAGGAUCACAGGUGCUAUGGCCAAGGGAGUGGCAAGUUUAACCAUGGAUGAAGAGUACCAACAGAAAAGGCGAGAAGCAAUGAACAAACAACCUAGCGGUUUUAAAGAAGGCAUUACACGUGGAGGAAAAGGACUUGUAUCUGGAUUUGUGAGUGGUAUAACAGGAAUCGUUACAAAGCCAAUUAAAGGCGCUCAGAAAGAAGGUGCAUCUGGAUUCUUUAAGGGUAUUGGCAAAGGUUUAGUGGGAGCUGUAACACGGCCAACUGGAGGAAUUAUAGACAUGGCCAGCAGCACGUUUCAAGGCAUUAAAAGAGCAACUGAUUCUUCUGAUGAAGUGGAAAGUCUGCGCCCCCCAAGAUUUUUUCAUGAAGAUGGAGUUGUUCGACCAUACAGGAUGAGAGAAGGAGCCGGAAGCCAAAUGUUACAGAAAAUUGAAAAUGGAAGAUUUGCCAAGUCUAAAUAUUUUGCACACGCUAUGGUCAACAACACAGACUUACUAAUGGUGAUGAAGAGCGGUGUUCUGUUUGUGACAAAGGGUACAUUUGGCCAGCUUACCUGUGAAUGGCAGUACAGUUUUGAUGAAUUUACCAAAGAGCCGUUUAUUGUUAGUGGUAGAAGACUACGCAUUGAAGCAAAGGAAAGAGUCAAAUCUGUUUUUCAUGCCAAAGAAUUUGGAAAAAUAAUCAACUUUAAAACUCCAGAGGAUGCCAAGUGGAUUCUUUCUAAACUGGAAGAAGUAUUUAAUCAGUCGUAACCACUGGAGAAUGACAAAAUGUCAGUUGCCUUCGUCAGACAAUGUAAUAUAAUAAUCUAACAUUUAAAACUGCAAGUUUAUAUAAAUCCCUAAAAAGAAAUAAACAACAGGUCUAUGCAUACUAAUAUUUCAAGAAUCAGAAUUGAAUCCUCUUCUUUGUAAAAAAAAACCUUUUAAGAACAAUUUGAAUGUUUGCCGUUUGUACAAAAUUAAAUGCUUCCAUAAAAAGCAAGUAUUUUAUUAUCAUUGCAUAUUCAUAUUAAAUGUUAAUAUUUCUUUUGGUAAAAUCCUUGGAAACAUUUUUAUGUAUAAAUCUAUUUUACCUUUUGUUGAAUUAGUUUAAAGCCAACAUAUGCACUCUUAAAGUGAUGGUAAAUCCUAGCGUUUGUGAAACGCUAGGAUUUACCAUUGGAACAAAUAAAGGGGACUUUCGUUCAUGAAGUAUAAAAUACUUCAUGCUGAAAGCUCCUUUAUUUGUUUGCAGUGUUCGCCGCACUGAGCUGCUCAGGCAGCCCACGGCAGAACGCUAUUUGGCUGAAAGGUGACGUUUCCACCUCUUAGCCAAUAGCCAUACGAGAAAUCAGUGCAGUGAUCGCUGCAAACAAAUAAAGGAACUUUCGGCAUGAAGCAUUUUAUACUUCAUGACUGGAAGUCCCCUUUAUUUGUUCCAAUGGUAAAUCCUAGCAUUUCAGAAACUCUAGGAUUUACCAUCACUUUAAUAUCAAUAUAUUUCACUGUAAUGUAAACUUUUCAGUAAUAUAUCUCCUGACUCAUGAUCUGUAAUGAUAUUUUGGCAAUUACAAGAAAAGGGAGGAGUAUUGAUCUCAGCAUAUUUAUUUAUUUAACAUGUGCAUUGCUAUAAGGACUGCUCUAUGUAUUGGUAAUAUUUAAAGCAGGGGUGUCCAUACAUUAGUGAGGAGUCUUUUCCUUUAUUUGUUUGUCAGUGUGCAAAGCAUAAGAAAAUCUUACCUUCACCAAAAACUGAUCUUCAUUUAACACCAUGACUAAUAUUCUUGUGCUGAAUCAAGUAUAUAUAUAUAUAUAUAUAUAUAUAUAUAUAUAUAUAUAUAUAUAUAUAUAUAUAUACAGUAUAUAUUUGAGACCACUGUAUGGGUGCAGAAUAUUCUUGUGUAAAGCAUAUUAUUUAUUUUUAAACAGACCUAUGCUAUUCUGUUUGAGAAGGAGAGGGGAAUUCACACCACAGUUUUUGGAUGUAUUGGUCACUACAGAUAUACUGAUAGAUCCUGAUCUACAUUUUGGUAACACCUGCUUUAGACGUAUAUGAAAGGAGCUACUGAACCGAAAGACCAAUUAAAAACACAGGGUCGAUGACAUUAGAAAAAUGUAUUAUCUGAUUUAUAAAAAAAAAGGUUUUUUUUUUCUCUAAAUAAUAUGAAUCAACUCAAUAGUUUGUUACCCAUUAAAAAAUAUGUAUGUUCAUUAAAAAAAAUAAAACCGUUUUCAUAGCUU